GAAUCCAUCCUCACUGGACCGACUGUGGAGAGAGUGCAGCUUAGAGUAGGCGUGCGUCAGUGUUGACGACCGCACUCCAGCGGACCAAGCAAGCCAGCUAUCAUUGUAUUCUCUAGAAAUACAAUAUAAACCGCGUCCUGUAAUUCUAUGUCGACCAUAAAGGCCUUCGUGCAAAGAUGAAAACGUUAUCAAGAAGCGUUGACAUUACUGGUUUCUUUUUCACCGUCAAAUAUUGCCAAGUGUGACACUGACAGCAGCAUUGCCUGGCUAGCGCAUUAGCAACAUCUUCAGGAAUUCGCUAGCCUAGCUAAAUUAAUUGGCCGUAGCUACUCGUAGUUGUCCAAAGGCUCUGCAACAGCCAUGGGAAUACUUUUCACCAAGCUAUGGAGGCUUUUCAAUCAUCAAGAGCACAAGGUUAUUAUUGUGGGCCUGGACAAUGCAGGGAAGACCACCAUACUUUACCAGUUUUCUAUGAAUGAGGUGGUCCACACGUCUCCUACAAUAGGCAGCAACGUGGAGGAGAUAGUGGUGAACAACACGCACUUCCUGAUGUGGGACAUCGGAGGACAGGAGUCACUGAGAUCCUCCUGGAACACGUACUACACUAACACAGAGUUUGUGAUAGUAGUGGUGGACAGCACAGACAGAGAGAGAAUCUCUGUCACCAAAGAGGAGCUCUACAGAAUGCUUGCACAUGAAGACCUGAAGAAGGCGGGCCUGCUGAUUUUUGCUAACAAACAGGAUGUGAAAGGCUGUAUGUCUGUGGCUGAGAUCUCCCAGAGCCUGCAGCUCACCUCAGUCAAAGACCACCAGUGGCAUAUCCAAGCCUGCUGCGCCCUCACUGGGGAGGGUUUGUGCCAGGGCCUGGAGUGGAUGAUGUCACGACUGCGGGUUAGAUGACCUUUGACGCUGAUCAACAACAACAGUGUGCUGUUCCUUUCUUCUCUCUACACCUUCAGUCCUGAGGGAUUGGUUGGUUGACAGGCGGCUCUUUUCCUCUCCAUGAGACUGACUUGACCCGGUUGGCCAGACUCCCUACCGGCCAGGAUGUUGUUUUUCUGCUGCGUGUUUAUUUAUUUCUACAGAACACUGAUCUGCUCUGACUGAGAACUGUGAACAACCAGAACUGUACCACUCUAUCAUUUCAGGAUCCAUUCUGGAAAGAAAAACUAAACAAAAGACUCAUGAAAUCCGGUGUAUUUAAUUUCUGAAUCUGCACGCUUGGUUUUCAUACUAUAAGAAAAAAGGAAUGCUUGGGACAGCUCAGACUUAACAGGAGUCGUCUUUAGCUGUAUGUGAGUGGGCUUGCCUGCCCAGAGUGGCCUUGUUGCAGUAUUGUCAGACGGCGUGAGGGGGUGGUAUUGCCCUGUGUGUACAGUCCAGUAUUUACAUUACAUCUGCAUCCCAAAUGGGAUAUAUAUAUAUAUAUAUAUAUAUAUAUAUAUAUAUAUAUAUAUAUAUAUAUAUAUAUAUAUAUAUAUAUAUAUAUAUCUCAGCAAAAAAAGAAACGUUCUCUCACUGUCAACUGCGUUUAUUUUCAGCAAACUUAACGUGUAAAUAUUUGUAUGAACAUAACAAGAUUCAACAACUGAGACAUAAACUGAACAAGUUCCACAGACAUGUGACUAACAGAAAUGGAAUAAUGUUUGUUUGAACAAAGGUGGGGUGAAAAUCAAUAGUAACAGUCAGUAUCUGGUGUGGCCCCCCGCUGCAUUAGGUACUGCUAAUUUUGUUAGCAGAUUUGUCAGUUCUUGCUGUGAGAUGUUACCCCACUCUUCCACCAAGGCACCUGCAAGUUCCCGGACAUUUCUGGAGGGAAUGGCCCUAGCCCUCACCCUCCGAUCCAACAGGGCCCAGACGUGCUCAAUAGGAUUGAGAUCCGGGCUCUUUGCUGGCCUUGGCAGAACACUGACAUUCCUGUCUUGCAGGAAAUCACGCACAGAACGAGCAGUAUGGCUGUUGGCAUUGUCAUGCUGGAUGUUCAUGUCAGUAUGAGCCUGCAGGAAGGGUACCACAUGAGGGAGGAGGAUGUCUUCCCUGUAACACACAGCGUUGAGAUUGCCUGCAAUGACGACAAGCUCACUCCGAUGAUGCUGUGACACACCACCUCAGACCAUGAUGGACCCUCCACCUCCAAAUCGAUCCCGCUCCAGAGUACAGGCCUCGGUGUAACGCUCAUUCCUUCGACGAUAAACGCGAAUCCGACCAUCACCCCUGGUGAGACAAAACCACGACUCGUCAGUAAAGAGCACUUUUUACCAGUCCUGUCUGGUCCAGCGACGGUGGGUUUGUGCCCAUAGGUGACGUUGUUGCCAGUAAUGUCUGGUGAGGACCUGCCUUACAACAGGCCUACAAGCCCUCAUUCCAGCCUCUCUCAGCCUAUUGCGGACAGUCUGAGCACUGAUGGAGGGAUUGUGCGUUCCUGGUGAAACUCAAGCAGUUGUUGUUGCCAUCCUGUACCUGCCCCGCCGGUGUGAUGUUCGGAUGUACCGAUCCUGUGCAGGUGUUGUUACACGUGGUCUGCCACUGCGAGGAGGAUCAGCUGUCUGUCCUGUCUCCCUGUAGCGCUGUCUUAGGCGUCUCACAGUAUGAACAUUGCAAUUUAUUGCCCUGGCCACAUCUGCAGUCCUCAUGCCUCCUUGCAGCAUGCCUCACGCAGAUGAGCAGGGACCCAUCUUUCUUUUUGGUGUUUUUCAGAGUCAGUAGAAAGGCCUCUUUAGUGUCCUAAGUUUUCAUAACUGUGACCUUAAUUGCCUACCGUCUGUAAGCUGUAAGUGUCUUUACGACCAUUCCACAGGUGCAUGUUCAUUAAUUGUUUAUGGUUCAUUGAACAAGCAUGGGAAACAGUGUUUAAACCCUUUACAAUGAAGAUCUGUGAAGUUAUUUGGAUUUGACGAAUUAUCUUUGAAAGACAGGGUCCUGAAAAAGGGAUGUUUCUUUUUUUGCUGAGUUUAAAUGUAUGUGUGUAUGUGUAUGUCAUUUGGAAUGCACAUUACAUUACCUUGUGCCUGCUGUGUCCGAAUCCUCACAUGAUGGCGGCUGAAGACACUGAAUCAAAGAACACGAGGGAGAAACCCAACUCCCUCAGCUCAUAUGAAAUACAGUGAAUAAAAAUUGUGUUUUUAAGUUUUGGGUACAUUA